GUGUGGCAGGAGGCCUGACCCCGCUGUCCAAGCUGCCCGCCUGUAACAUCCUGCUGCUGGGCGCGCAGCGCCGCACGCUCUCGGGCUUCUCCUCCACCUCGGUGCUGCCCCACACCGGCUUCAUCUACCACAGCGACAUCGUGCAGUCCCUGCCGCCGGACCUGAGGAGGAAGGCGGCGCGGCUCGUGGCGGCCAAGUGCACGCUGGCGGCCAGGGUGGACAGCUUCCACGAGAGCCAGGACGGCAAGGUGGGCACCGCCCGCGGGGCUCCCCGAAAUCCUCCGGGGGACCCCGAAAUU